ACACUUCACGCAACACACACGCACUCAAAAGUCGUCUUUUUAUUACACACAUACGCACUUCUUCUUCAUAGUACCAUAGUAUAUUUUAUACAUUUUCUUACAUGCUCUUUCAUCCAAACUCAAAGCCAACAAAAAAAGAAAACAAACCUUAAACAAACGCCUCCAAAAUCCCAACAAACCAAACCUCCCCCAACGUAAUUUUGCCGCAAAACAAUGAAAAAAUCCAAACCCCAUCUCGUAAUCUAACCCCAAAAACCCGUCACUUUGUUCACACACACCCAGAUCCACAAAACUCCUUACACGUCCAAUUAUUCAAUGACACCAAAACUUCUUUUUCUUCUUCUUCAUCUUCUUCUUCUUAAAUUCCAUGCCUUUAUUGUUGUUUUAGUUUAAUGCUGUUUAGCUAGAGAGAAAUUGAGAGACUUCUUUUGAUAGAGAGAGAAAGAGAGAGAGAGAGAGAGAGAAAGAGAGGGUGUGUGAUGGCGAGUCAGGUGGUGAAAGUGAAGAGGGAGACCGUAGAGGCAUGCAUGACGUGCCCUCUUUGUAACAAGCUCUUGAAGGAAGCGACAACCAUAUCUUUGUGCCUUCACACGUUUUGCAGGAAGUGCAUAUAUGAGAAGCUCUCAGAUGAGGAGAUGGAUUGCUGUCCUGUAUGCAACAUUGAUCUGGGUUGUCUUCCGGUGGAGAAACUCAGGCCAGACCACAAUCUGCAAGAUAUAAGGGCCAAAAUUUUCCCUCAUAAGAGGAGAAAAGUUGAAGCCCCUGAAGUUACACCUACAAAUUCACUGCCAGUUAAAAGGAAAGAGAGAUCACUAUCUUCAUUGGUGGUCAGCACUCCGAAAGUGCCGAUGCAGACUGGUUUGACUGGAAGGAGAACAAAAGCUGCAAGAAAAGCUGCUAUACGAGGUGGUUUUGCUGUUGAGGAACAUACCAAGAAAGAAGAUUCUGCAGAGGAUCAUCCUGUGAGCUCCAGCUCACAUGAUUCUCAAAACAAAAUUACUCGAAAUAAAAGGCAGAAUUUUUCAGUUGCUGAGCCUUCUAAUGAGAAAAAGCAUAAUGAAGACACAGAGAAUGAUGUGGAAAUAAUUGAAGGAAAAGCCGAUCUGUGGACACCCUUGAACUGUCUUGUUGAAGCUGCGAACAGAACCAAGUCCUCUAAGUCAAAUUCACAAGGGCCAUCCCUUGCCAAAUCAGAGCAAGCCAGUGCCCAUGAUAGUGAAGUAUAUAUGUCUGAAACCAAAGCCAGAGCAGAAUCACCCAGUGUUCUUGACAAUGAAGUGUACAUGUCUAAAAGCAAAACAAAGGAGAAUGGACAAAAUACGAAAGCACAGGAUGAAAAUAAUGGAACAACCUUACUUCCAGGGCCAGUGAAGCGUAGAAGGUUGCGUGCAGCCAGUCGAAAAAGCACAGCGGCAUCUGGGAAGCUUCACCCCUCGGCACAAGCUAUGCUAGAUGUUGCAGGUUCUAAGCGCAACAGAAAAAAUAGUCCAAUUUGGUUCUCAUUGGUUGCUUCUGAAGACCGGAAAGGAGAUGUUUCCUUGCCUCAGAUAUCUGCAUGUUACUUGAGGAUAAAGGAUGGAAAAAUGCCUGUAUCAUUUAUCCAAAAGUAUCUUAUGAAGAAACUUGAUCUUACAAGUGAAGCUGAGGUGGAGAUAAUGUGCCGGGGUCAGCCAGUGGUUCCAUCGUUGCAACUACAGAACUUAGUAGAUCUGUGGUUUAGGACAGCAUCAACUUCGAAAAAAGUACCGGCAUCUGUUGGCUCUUCUGCCAAGGACUUUGUGAUGGUCCUUUCAUAUUGCCGAAAAGUCCAAACCCCUUGAGAGAGAAUUUUUUUUCUUUGUUGUCUUGGCAAUAUACAUCUUUAGUUAUCCAAGUUGUUUGGAUCUUUAUAGCUGCAUUGACUGCAAGGUCAUUUGAUCCAUCAUGUAUGUUUGUACCAUGCAAGUUUUUAUAUGAAUAAAGAUUUAAUUAAUUUUGUUA